AUGAGAAUCGAGAGUCGUGUGUUGCACCCCGAGUCAAUAGGCGCUCACCGAUGUGUUAUGAUCCAUCCUUCCAAAAUCCUCCCCCCUGGCCCCUAUCACAAUACAUCGCAAGCGCCCGACAUCCAUAUCCAACACAUCCAAACACUCCCAAGCAUGCACAACAAUGUCUUCAUUUCAAUCCGUUGGCGCCGUGCUCGCCGCAUCCCUCUCCUCUGUCUCCGCCCAAGCCUGCGCCCCCGGACCGCCAAGGGAGAUUGGCGGAAACUGGACUGCUCCGCCGUCAAGUCCAUCACCUACACCAAACUUCGGCUCCGAGGCACCUACAAUGAAAUCACCUCCAUGAAUGGCGGCGCUUUGCUCGUCUCCUGGCACUUCCGCGGUCCGCUCAUCCUGAAGCAAUUCGCCUUCUACUCGCCCGGUUCAGGCUCCGGCUCCGGCGCAGGCACCAAAUACAGCGCCCCAGUUAAACGCGAAGUGAAACCCAGCAUCCACAAGCGCCGCCAUGGCCACCAACAUAAGCGCCGCGGCGACCAAUAUGUCACCGCAACCAUCGAUGGCCAGGUCGUCUCCUGGCUCUACAAGGAUCAAGUUGGUGCGAACGCGGCCCCAACCCAGGCCCCAGGCGCUCCAGCUGCUGGUGUUUCUUACAAAACGACCCCUCCUAAGAAAUCGUCGCCUGUUGUUAACCCUGGCUCCGGUAAGUGGGGUCGUCAGGGUUAUUAUAAUGCGGACUCUGGUGUCACGGAUGGCCUUACGUUCUUGAAUCAUAACGGUGGUCAGGGAUCUGGUGUUUUUGAUUAUGAGCUUGGAAAUUCCCUCUCCUACGCCUCCGAGGACGGAUGCUCUGGAUCCGAUAGCCCCAAGGUCCUUAAGACGAAGAUGAUCCCGGACAAUAAGGAAGUUAUCAUCAUGACUGACAAGGUCUGCAAUGGCGACUGCGGUACCGUCCGUGAGGGCACUGUUGCUUACCACGGCUUCGAUGGCGACUACAAAAUCUUCCUCGUCGAAUUUUCCAUGCCCCUCACCGGCAAAACCGGGUGGAACGAAGACAUGCCCGCCGCUUGGAUCCUUAACGCCGCCAUCCCACGCACCCUCCAAUACGGCAAAGCCGACUGCUCCUGCUGGAAAUCUGGAUGCGCAUUCUCUGGUGGCGAUAGCAACUACUUCACGCGCCCAACACAGGCGCCCAUCAAGCUUGCUGUCGUCUUCAACAAUGAGGGGAGAUCAGUACAUAUUAAGAUUCUGGAAGAUUCCUUUGAGUUUAAGCCGACACUCGAUGGGAAGGAUGUUGCGUCGAUUUUGGAGGAGGCGGAGAGUGCGUCGACUUUUGCGUUGAGUUGA